CACAACAACGCCAGUACGAACCACAACCGAGACGAUGAUGCAUCCGAUCACACAGUUCAUAAUGCACCACGCUCGCGACGAGUGUGGGAAGCGGAUCGACAAGCAUCAGAGUGUCGUCGAUGCAAUAGACGGUUUAAUUUCCUUGUGCGUCGUCAUCAUUGUCGACGUUGUGGCCUAGUCGUGUGUGAUCGUUGCAGUAGUCAUAGAAUACGCCUACCACCCGAAGAGAUCAUACAAGAUCCCGCCAUUGAUCCUUCGCAUUAUCCGCUUAUCGCCAUGCACCCACAGCGAGUAUGUGAUGUAUGCAACAGGUUACCAAUCAAAGAAGCACCAUCUUCCUCCUCGUCGCCAAGACGACGCGCCACAGCACCGGUUGCUAUGAACCAUAUGAAACGAUCUCCAAGCUCACAAAGUCUAAUGACUGAAUGUCCCGUGUGCGGCACGGAUCUUUUGGGCAUGCAGAAAGAGGAUCAGGAAAAGCAUUUGCAAUUAUGUCUAAACACAGGAAGUCCUCCUGUUCGACCUCCACGCUAUUUGGGUCAG